UCCCUCCCACUCUCCCUUCCCGGCCCCUCUCCAGGGCGUCUGUAAACACACCCAGAGACUGUCAUGGAGUGGGAGGAGGAGGCGGCGGCGGCGAAGGGAGGCGUUUUGGGCCGCCUCCAGGGUCCGCUCUGCCAUUCCUGAAUUGGUCCCUCGUCCCCGUGACUGUGGCAUCAGGAAAGCGAACUGUUAGGCGAGAGGAGGAGGCAGUCAGAACCAUAUCCCCUUCUUCCCCCGGGGCGGGGGCCGGGCCGGGCCAGGCCGGCUGAGCCGGGGGAGGGCAGGGGGAGGGAGCGCCUGGCCAGGCCGGCCUGUCUGCCGAGAUGGAUGACAGUAAGGUGGUUGGAGGCAAAGUAAAGAAGCCUGGCAAACGAGGUCGGAAGCCAGCCAAAAUUGACUUGAAGGCAAAACUUGAAAGGAGCAGGCAGAGUGCAAGAGAAUGCCGGGCCAGAAAAAAACUGAGAUAUCAGUAUUUGGAAGAGUUGGUAUCCAGUCGGGAAAGAGCCAUAUGUGCCCUCAGAGAGGAACUGGAAAUGUACAAGCAGUGGUGCAUGGCAAUGGACCAAGGAAAAAUCCCUUCUGAAAUAAAGGCCCUACUCACUGGAGAAGAGCAGAGCAAAUCUCAGCAGAACUCAAGCAGGCACACAAAAGCUGGGAAGACAGAUGCUAAUAGCAAUUCCUGGUGAAGAUCAUAUCAAAUGAUGAGUCAGUGAUUGAAGCCAAUAUUCUGAUUCCUAUGGAGGAUGAAUGGGCAAGAUUAUACUUCUUGGCUCCACUUACUACCUACUGCUCAGUAGUCAUCUCUGUAAAUCUGCAAUUUCUACCAAAAUGUGUGAUCAGAGAUCUGAAAGGAUUUUGCUUUAACUUUCUACACUUAGAAAAUUUACAAACAUCCAGACCUAUUCUGGUUGGUAUUGCCACCCAUGGCAGUUAACAUGUUGCAAUGCUUGAAAACACAGGAGUAGAGAAAAAUGGGUGAAGAUUGUAUUUUUGCACCUUAACUCCACAUUGCUUUAUUGGUUAAUUUAUAUUCCUUCCAUGUAAUUCAUGUAAUUGUAUGUGUUUGUGUGUUUAGGUGUCACCUCCUUUCCUGUUUUUGAUUGCCCUACAAAGAGACACCAGAUGGGCUGAUUACUGACUAAGUUCUCAGCCUUUAUGGACCUAAUCUUAUUUCUUUAUAUUUACUUGAGUAAUGUGUAUUUUAUGCAUGAACCAUGAUUUCUCCUGUGAGCCAUUCCAGCAUAAGCUGUGAAUAUGUAUUAACAAAUAUAUACAUUUCUAUUUUUAUAAUCCAUAAUGAAAUGCCUGUUUUAAAUAAUGUAUGUGUUAACAAAAUCCAUCAGGAAAGCCCUCAAGACAGCCUCUAUUUAAAAUUUUUGUUGCUGUCUUCUCAGACUAUAUUUAUAAAAGUUUGCUAGGGCCUAAUCCAUACGUGGAGAAUAAUUAGUCAAAUUUUAUUUUUAAGCAAGAAGUCACCUUUUAGGCAUUUCAGCAGCAUACAUCAUCUUGACAACCCAGAGUGUGUGUGUGUGUACGUAUAUGUUCUAUUGUACGUCUAUACAUGUAUGUGGGGAGGGCAGGAGUGAAUGUGCACACACAUUUCCUUGUGUGCUCAACUAACUCGGAGAAUUUUUCUAAAGAAAAUAGGAUGAAACUAGCUGCCGAGAUCUAGUUUCUGCCACAAGAGAUCUGGAACAGUGAGGGACAAAUUGCCGCUAGAUCUAACAGCUGUAGCUGUAACCAGAACACUUAGUUUCUUACCUGACGUGAGUUUCCUUAUAAAUUGUUCUGAGCUAGAAAGAAACACACUGUGGGUGUGCAUCUGGUUCAGCCCUGCCUAUGCCUCCACUGGGGAGUGAAGCCCUGGAGCUAGAGUUGUGUACAACACCGCCCCUAGUGGGCCUGGAAGGAGGUGCAGAAGGGCAGAAUGAUUCUUUCCAGUUCCCGGUCACAGCUACAUUUACUUUCUUCCUGACUACCAAAUGCAGUGAUGCUGGAGGAAUCAAGCUCAUAAUAUGAUACACUCAAAUAGACCUAGGAAUCUUUUGAUUUCCCCAUUGAGAUACUUUAUCUCUCUUCCCUUUCCCAUAGUUAAAUCAAGAGUUGUGUUCUCUGUUGCUGCUAAAUUAUAAUUGUUCUUUGCUCUAAUGAAGCAAAUAUUGGGCUUCCACACAGAAUAUGUUUUGUUAUAAAAUGGCACUUUAAGAGGAGGUGUCAUAGUCUAGAAUGUCUGUGAGGUGGAACAUGAGAUGGACCACAUAGUUUCAGAUUACAAGGUACUUUCCCCCCUUCUUUUUAGGCCAUGCAUUUGAAUAAAUGCCUCCCCUUAGCCUGAGUUCCUAAAGAUCUCUUGUGCUUAGGUUGCAAACUCAGAUCUCUAGUCUAGUCCUGUGUGACUACUGAACACCACUAGCCCAGCCUGUUGGGCGUCUCUGUGUUUUGGAGGACUGGGGACUGAAGAGUAUUUAAUGUCUUUUUAGGAUCACAAAUAUAGAUAGAUUAAGGAUUGUUGAUAUUCAGGCCUUCAGAAUUUAAGUAUUUUCAAUAUAGGGUUCAAAUUGUAAUGGGUAUGUUUUUGCCAUCUGGUCUACUCAUAUAUUUUUAUUUUGCAAGACAACCCAAGACUUACUCUAUGUUGCUUGUUCAGUACCUUUUGAAUUCCCCAUAAGAGUUCGUUUUCAAAGCAAACAUUCCAAAAUGAAUGUGGCUCUUCAAUGGAAUGUCUCCAUUGUGCUUGAAGUAUUUCUUCUCUGGUUGUAAUUUUAAAUUACAGGGUCAUUUGAGCUCCCACCCUCCUAGUAUCUUUACAAGAGCAGUAACUUUGUCCUCAGGUAGAGGAUGUGUAAUUUUGGGUGGAAGUAAAUUACAAUUUAUUUGAGUUUAUUCCUAAACCUAUCUAUUUGGUACUUUGGAGUAGAUCAAACUGAGAGAAACUUGGUCUUAAAAAGGAAUGUUCUGAUUGCUUUGGGUAUUGUGCUGGCCUGUACGCUUUGGCCACUGGAAGCAGGUUUAUAAGUGCCGCUGAUUAAAACAGCUGGAGCAUUUCUUUCCCCGUUCCAGCUAGGGAGCAGCAUACUGACAUCCUGGCGUCCUCACCGGUGAUGACAGCAAGCAGGCUGAGAGAACGAGAGGG